AUGGAAGAAGAAAAGGACUUCGUUCCUGAUUACGAGUAUGAUCAACUACUCAGUCCUCCAUCUAAAGUGCCUGGGUCUACUACUAGUAAAAGAGGGAAACCAUGCCCAAUUUGUACUGCAAAAUUCACACAUGUUAAGCGUCACGUUAUAAAAGACCAUUUGCCAUGGUAUGCGUAUCCCUCCACAUGCUGCCCGACAUGCAAAAUUAACUUUGGCCAGAAACAUUUUUUAGAUAUGCAUGUAGAAAAUCAGCGUAACAAUAAUAUCCCUGUACAGUUUGAUCAUUUCUGGAUUGAUUUUAUGUAUUACCUGUUCUUACAGAUUAUCCAAGUUUUGAAAUUAGAAACUUUUGAGAACCUGAUUAAAUUCAUUAACAGCAAUGAACAGUUCAGCUGUUGCCUUGGAUCUGUUUUUCAAGAGGAUCAUCUUGUUCAUUGUGAAAAAAUUUUAAAAGACAAGUUUCCAGGAUUAACAGUUUCAAAAAUACCUUUUCCAGUAGUUAAUGUUUCAUCUCUUUUACACUGGAAGAUUUUAAGCAAACUUAUAGAUAUUUCUAGUUGUACAGAUCUUCUUUUUAAAAUCUACAAAAAGUAUGUAGUAUGGAUUUUAGGUUCAUCAAUUGUACAUUGGGCUGCUCAAAGAGCAAAUGACAUUAGUGUAGAAAACCUUGAAUUUGAAAAGACAAAAUUAAAUAUUUUUUGGCAUGGAAUAAGAGGAAUGAAGUGGGAAAGUUUAUUGGAUGCUGUUUCUUUUUGUACAUCAAAGUUUCCUCUGCCAGAUUUUAUUAUUAUACAUUUAGGGUCAAAUGACAUUAAAUUUGGAUGUUCAAGAAAACUAUUACCAAACAUGCAAAAUGAUUUAACUGAAAUUGGACAAAAGAUUCCAAAUUGCAAAAUUAUUUUUUCAGAACUAUUAACAAGACUUACU